UAAAAAUAAAAUUAGGAUAAUAAAAGGAGAGAUAUAUAGGAAAACGGCGAAGCCCAAAACCAGAGGGAUUAUAGGGUUUCAUUUUGAUUACGUUGUGGCAUCGUAGAGAUUGCGAUCAGCGUUCGCGAACACAGAGUCGCUGCAAUUGGGAUCUAGUCGUAAAACCUGCAAAUUAGGUUACGUUAGGUUAGGUUAGGGUUAAGUCAUAAAAGGGCUUUGGGGCUGUGAACCACACAGUAAGACUAGGGUUUCGAAUCUGAGAGCAGUAGGGGUUUACCUUUUGAUCGGACCCAAAUUGGUUGCUCAAUUUGAACCCGUAACUAAUACUGGGAAUCGAAGCAGGAAAAGAAGGUUUCUUGGUAUUUUAUUUAAUAUGCGGGGAUCGCACAAACUCAAAAGGGUUUCUUGGGCUUCAGAUGUUAAUCUUUGUCAGGUUAAGCUGUUUCUGUUGGAGGAAUCUCCUUCACAAGUUGGGUUGAGUGCUCAGGAUCACCUCCAAGCAAAGGCAUCGUGGUUGUCACAUUCAUCUGGCACAGGCUCGGAUGACAUUCUGCCCCCUGGAUUUGAGGGAGCGUAUUCGGCAAAUCAGCUGCAUAUUAACGUGUCUCAAAUUCCCUUAAUCAAAUGGAGAUGCCCUCCUAGGGUUGUGCUGAACUUCACUUGGCAAGUGGUUUGUGGGGAAGAAAGCAAAGAGGUGGAGAUUCAAAAUCAGAGAGAGAUAAGAGUACUGGAAGCAGUUUAUCCACGCCCAUCUGCCAUUCCUCUAAACCCCUCUGUUUUGGCAGAUGGUGAAGACUCUGGUCAUAAUGACGUGCAACCUCCUGUGAUACCUAUCACUUCCAUUGAAGAUGAAGAUGUAGGAGGCGACACAUCAUCUGCAUCCAUGGCACCGUUUAACAUUCACACAAGCUCACAGUCCUUUCUAUCGGUUCAGGGAAUUGCAGCUCCAUCUCAGAGCAUUGUACCUAGCAAUAGAAGCCACCCUACUUCAAAUAAGCCAGUAGCUGGAAUUCCUGUUGGUGUAGAACCGGAUGUUGUAGCUGCUGCCUCUGCCGCCUUUGGUGCAAUUGUGAAUAGCAAUGAGCAUGGAAAUAUGAUUGACCAUGAAUUGCUCAUUAAGAUUCUGAGCAACCCAAAAAUGAUUGAGAAAUUGGUUAAAGAUCCACAGCCAAUGACAAGGCCACCUCAAAUGUCCAUAGCAGAUCCACCUCCUGUUCACAUUAACCGAACAGAAAGCAGCAGCACACCUUCAUCUACUGCUCUAUCAAGCGGACAUUUCUACCCUCAACCAAAUGUUGCUGGAAUGGGACAUUUUCCUGAUGCACGACCACCUCCCCUUGCAGCAAUUUCAGUUCCUCCACCAGCAAAGGACAUCAACUAUUAUAAAAGCUUGAUUCAGCAACAUGGAGGAGACAGGCAUGACAGCUUUCCACCAUUUGGUAACCGUCAUAGCGACCAUUCAGCUAUAAACCAGGAAUCCAAUAAUGGCUACAAAUCAAGAGAUUCAAAACCUAAGAUAAUGAAGCCAUGCAUAUACUUCAAUAGUUCGAGGGGAUGCCGCCAUGGAGCAAAUUGUGCAUACCAGCAUGAUGCGUCGUUCCAGCCUCGGGGUAGUAGUAGUGCACCGGAGGUGCACAGUACAAAGAGAAUGAAAAUGGAUAGGGAGAUUAGCAGUUAACGUAGCUCCUUCCUGUAUGUACAUUUUUCAAAUGGAGAGCCCUUUCUGUGUGGCUCAAAAUUCUCUCUGAGCUUGGUUUUGUCAAAAUUUGUUUAAUUUUGUUGUUAUAUUUACUCAUCCUGAUCUUGGAGCAUAAAGAGUUUCUUCUGAGUGGAAGCCUACAUCAUGUCAUAAUCAAUUGCGGCAACUUCUUUCUUCAUAUUGCGUUCCUAUAUCGAAAUGGU